AUGUCUUCCUCUCUCGAGCAGCUCAAGGCCACUGGCACCGUUGUCGUCUGCGACUCUGCCAUCGGCAAGUACAAGCCUCAGGAUGCUACCACCAACCCUUCCCUGAUCCUUGCGGCUUCCAAGAAGCCCGAGUAUGCCGCCCUCAUCGAUGCCGCCGUCGCCUACGGCAAGCAGCACGGCAAGACCGUCGAUGAGCAGGUUGACGCCACUCUGGACCGUCUCCUUGUCGAGUUCGGCAAGGAGAUCCUCAAGAUCAUCCCCGGCAAGGUCUCCACUGAGGUUGACGCUCGCUUCUCUUUCGAUACCCAGGCCUCCAUCGACAAGGCCCUUCACAUUAUCAAGCUCUACGAGGAGAUUGGUAUCCCCAAGGACCGCAUCCUCAUCAAGAUCGCCUCCACCUGGGAGGGUAUCAAGGCCGCCCAGGUCCUCCAGUCCCAGCACGGCAUCAACUGCAACCUGACCCUCAUGUUCUCCACCGUCCAGGCCAUCGCUGCUGCCGAGGCCGGUGCCUACCUCAUCUCUCCCUUCGUGGGCCGUAUCCUUGACUGGUACAAGGCUGCCCACAAGCGCGACUACACCGCCCAGGAGGACCCCGGUGUCAAGUCCGUGCAGGCCAUCUUCAACUACUACAAGAAGUACGGCUACAAGACCAUCGUCAUGGGCGCCUCUUUCCGUAACACCGGUGAGAUCACCGAGCUGGCGGGUUGCGACUACCUGACCAUCUCCCCCAACCUCCUGGAGGACCUGUACAACUCGACGGCUGCCGUCCCCAAGAAGCUCGAUGCCGCCGCCGCCGCUUCCCAGGACAUCCCCAAGCGCAGCUACAUCAACGACGAGGCUCUGUUCCGCUUCGACUUCAACGAGGAGGCCAUGGCUGUGGAGAAGCUCCGGGAGGGUAUCUCCAAGUUCGCCGCGGAUGCUGUCACUCUGAAGGACCUGCUCAAGCAGAAGAUCCAGGCAUAA